CUUGCUGGGACAGCAGUUCUUGCAAUUGGACUAUGGCUUCGGUUUGAUUCACAGACCAAAAGCAUCUUUGAACUGGAAUCCAACAACACGACGUUUUACACAGGAGUUUACAUCCUAAUUGGAGCUGGUGCACUUAUGAUGCUGGUUGGUUUCUUGGGAUGCUGUGGGGCAUUGCAGGAAUCUCAAUGUAUGCUUGGCCUGUUCUUCCUCUUCCUCUUUGUGAUUUUUGCCCUUGAAAUUGCUGCUGCAAUCUGGGGAUUUGCAAAUAAAGAAAAGGUUAUUGAAGAGUUAAAGGACUUCUACAAGGAAACAUAUGAUAAGAGAUCUCAGCCAGCUGCCAGAGAGACCCUGAAAGCAUUUCAGUUUGCUCUGGACUGCUGUGGUCUUACAGGAGCUAUUGAACAACUGUUGAUGGACACCUGUCCGAAGAAGACUAUGCUUGAAGUGGUUUCUCUAGCGUCAUGCCCUGCGGCCAUUGAUGAUGUCUUCAAUUCAAAACUGAAUGUGAUUGGAGCGGUUGGCCUUGGCAUUGCUGUAAUAAUG